AACCGCUCUUUCUAUGGCAAGUAAAGGGAGUCGGGCCGCGGUGGCGUUGAACAAAUUUGACGAACGGGAUACCUUUAGAGAAUCCUGAUCACGCUGCUGGCAUCCUGACAUACUUGAAUAAGCCAGGGGCAGAGUUCAUUCAUCUUGACCUUUUCACUGCAUCAGCCCCCAGCGGCAUUCCUUGCCGCUCUUGUGCCCUUCAUCCACUCCACAAAACCUGUGCCGGGUUAAUAAAAUGGUUGGAUUCAAGCCCACGGAUGUCCCUCCGACGGCCAUGGUGAAGUUUGUCGGGGCCGGGACGGCGGCCUGCAUCGCAGAUCUGGUCACCUUCCCGCUGGACACGGCGAAAGUCAGGUUGCAGAUCCAAGGAGAAAGCAAGCUGGCCAUCGUGGCCAAUUCGGCCCAGUACAAGGGUGUCUUUGGCACCAUCGCCACCAUGGUGAAGAAUGAAGGCCCCAAGAGCCUCUACAACGGGCUGGUGGCCGGCCUCCAGCGUCAGAUGAGCUUCGCCUCCGUCCGCAUCGGGCUCUACGACUCAGUGAAGCAGUUCUACACCAAGGGCUCGGAGCAUGCUGGCAUUGGCAGUCGGCUCCUUGCUGGCUGCACCACGGGGGCCAUGGCUGUCGCUGUGGCCCAGCCCACGGACGUGGUGAAAGUGAGGUUCCAGGCGCAAGCCCGGACGGAAGGCGGCAAGCGGUACCAGGGGACGUUGGAUGCCUACAAGACCAUCGCGAAAGAGGAGGGUGUCCGAGGCCUUUGGAAAGGAACAUCCCCUAAUAUUACUCGCAACGCCCUUGUGAAUUGUGCGGAGUUGGUGACCUACGAUUUGAUCAAGGACUCUCUUCUGAAAUACAACCUCAUGACUGAUAACCUCCCCUGCCACUUUACCUCGGCAUUCGGUGCCGGGUUCUUCACAACCAUCAUUGCUUCCCCCGUUGAUGUAGUGAAGACGAGAUACAUGAACUCUGCCCCCGGUCAAUACGGAAGUGCCGUGAACUGUGCCCUGACCAUGCUCCGCAAGGAGGGGCCCUUGGCCUUCUACAAGGGCUUCACUCCCUCGUUUUUGCGGCUGGGAUCCUGGAACGUGGUGAUGUUCGUGACCUACGAGCAGCUGAAACGGGCCAUGAUGGCAGCCCGCGGAUCUUGGGAAGCCCCUUUCUGAGCUGGC